AAAUGUCAAUUUGGGUUUUUGUUAUUAUUCAGAAAUGUAAUACUUCUCAUGGUUCUAUAAUGUUACUUUAAUUGAUCGUCGUCAUAAAUGAGCGAUAGAUUGUGUUUUGUGUAAAAUUAAUUACUACGCGUUUAAUCUCUACUCAACUUGCUUUUGGUAACCUUAAAGUUAAUUAAUGUUUACAAUGCCGACGAAUUUCGUGAUAUCGUAGCCAUGGAUUCUAUCGAAGACGGUGGUUGUGUGAGAAAAUCCUAUAAACUGAAUAGUGACGAUGAUAUAAGUAGGAAUUGUAAAGGAGCAUCAAAACAGCGAGGUUUGAACGAGAAUAGUGAAAAUGUGCGUCCUGUGUCGGAUUCCAUUUCCAAUGACACAAACUGCGUACCACCGAAUGAUAGCCAUUCAAGGCGCUUGAUCUGCUCGAGCAGCGGCGAGCCAGGGCCAUCGGGGAGACUCGUCGCUGGCAGUGAGGAGUGUUGUAAUAAAAACAUAGCUAGCAGCCAGGCUGUAGGUGCCAGGGUGAAUAACAGUUACCUUGAGGUUGCAGGCAGCAGUAAGGCUGAGACCAUUGCGCGAGAUAAUGGCAUCCCCAGCACCCAGGAACUACAGACCUGCCAGAGACACAAGGUGUGCCAGGAAAAAGCUGGAAACACCUACAAUUUAAAUUUCCCCUCAACAAGUGCCACAAGCAGGGUUUGUGAUAAUUUCUUUGACAAUGCAGGACUGAGAGAAAACAGGAAGAGGCCUUCAAGUUUGAAGUUAAACAGGCCUAACUUAGAUGCAGAUGACAGCUCAAGUGACACUGGUAAUGAUGACUACUCUUUAGGCUCUGAAGAUGGCUGUAUCUACACUUACAGAGGUGGGGAGCACUUGGCAGACCUGCCUAGCUCCUUCUUCAGUCUUGACAUGGGUCUCCCCCUGGACAGGCACCUGCCCAUACACCCAUUGUACCAACAGCAACCUGCAGGAGCAAAUGCUAGAGAACAUGGUUCUAGAGCUUCAAGCCCCGAAAUGGACUUUUUAGAAAUGGACUUUGACCCUGGACCCUCUUGUGAAGUGGACACAGGUGACGAGUCCACACCAGAUGCUGAUUUAGAUGUGGCCGUGAACAUGCCUGAGGAGAAUGAGCCUGUGUUGAGGGAACCUACACCAGAAUUUGUUCCUUUAAGGAACGCAGAGCCUAGUAGACCGGUUAGUUCAACAUCACAAUGCCCGGAGCCUUCUACCCACAAUUACAGCAUGCCAUCCACUAGCAGAGGCAUUCCUACAGCACACAGUAGCACAAGAGAAGAUUCAGGGAAUAACUACACCUUUGGCCCUUACAUUACCCAUGUUAAUUUCAAAGGAGAACAACUGAAAGUUCGCAGAACAAUGGCACGGGGUCCCUGCAUUUUGCCGGUCAGCCUGCAUCUUACAAAUGGAGACUUGAUUACACCUAGAGAAGUAUUACAUCACGACGAAAAAAUGGAAGAAGAGGAGGCACCCCUAGCACAUCAGAUCAACCAAGGCGAAGGCACAGGGAUCGACCCUGUCAAUGUCUCCACCGCUCUGUUCCACAUGACCAUGGCGAAGAAACUGAUGCUCGAGAAGAAUCGGUCGGAUGAAGAGACUGAAGGAUCUGUGGUGUCCGGGGAAGGCCCGUCAUGUUUAGGAGUAACAGAACCACCUACCAGCAUGGUGUGGUCGGAGCGGGAGGCCUGCGAGCGCCAAGUGACGCAGAUAGGCGUCAGCGCGUGCGGCGCCACCGCCGUUGUUAAUGUUUUCAUUGCAUUAGGCGUUCCAGUUAACAUUGAAAAAAUCAAUACAGCUGUUGGAACGAGGCAGAGAGCUAACAACGCUCCAAUACCCAGGUACCUGUUAUCGCGUUCCGUGGCCGGCUGCACGGCGGCAGACCUCGUGAACGGGAUCCAGAAAGCUUCCGAAGGUCUGGUGGCCGCCAGGUUCUUCCCCAUGUAUCCGGAGCGAGCGGUGUCGCUGUCGCAUUGGCUGGCGGACUGGAUAUCAAUAGGGGCCGUCCCAAUAUUAACAAUGAACCUGCAAGUGGGCUGCGAAGGUGAAAUCCCCGACGCGUGGCACCAUCAAAUGGUGUUCGGCGUCUCGCCCCGCGGCAUUUACCUCAGCAACCCCGUAGAGUGCACAAGAGAAUGCGCGCUGUGGCCGAAACUUACGUCGCCGUCAGUUCUGCUGGUUAGAACGAGGGACGUCCUGGCGAGAUUCACCCCGGAUACCGAUCUUACGCCGCUGAUGGCUGUGCCGGAUAGGAGGUUCAACACUUUUAACGUGUUAGGUCAAGUAGUAAACGUGAUCCGCGAGUGGCGCCUGGCCGGCUGGGCGGCGCACGGGCCGCGCACGCGCUACGUGCGCCUGCCCGCCGCCUACCAGGCCGGCGUCACCGUGGCCGCGCUCACCGGCUCGCAGGCACACAAGCGACUCACCACGGCGGCUCAACUGCCGAUAUUGGCCCCGCAUGUUGAGAAGUUCGGCGUCGGAUAGUGUGGGGAACAUGAGGUAAUGGUGUGUUGCACUGAUGGUAUUUGUGCGAGCAGAAACUUGUGAAUAUAACCUGUAUUACAACUAUGAAGGGCGCUAUUAGUAAAAAGAGUGAUAAUUAUAAAGGUAUGCACCUACUUGAACCCGUUACCUAUGGUCGCCGUCACUGUGGCCGCUCUUACCGACUCCGGGGCCCACAAGAGAUUUACAACGGCAGCUCAACUGCCGAUAUGGGCCCCUCAUGUUGAGAAGUUCGGUGUUGGUUAAUGGUAUGUUGCAGUUGUUUCACUGAUGGAUAUGUGAGCGAAAAGUAGGGUUAUGUUAACGUAACCUAUGUAUCGAAUGAUAGGCAAUAAAAGUACUAGCAUAUUGGGAAUAAGGCGACCCGUCUGCCCAUACUAGACCCUCAUGUUGAGAAGUUUGGUGUAAGGUAGAAAGUAACAGUAUGAUAUAAUUUUGGAAUUCGUAUGAGCAGAAACUUAUUAUAUAACCUGUAUAACAACUACAUUAGAACCUCUAUAAUCCGAACUAAUUGGGACCCAGACUAGUUCGGAUAAUCGAAAUGUGGGUAUUUUGGGAUGAAAUCAAAUAAAAACUACACCUUUUAAUAUAAAACCAGCACGGUAUUUUAAAAUUUGACGUCGAUAUUAACCUUGAAAUAUAAAACACCUAAAAAUUAGGUUUUUUCAUUAUUUUUAAAGUCGUCACGGCAAUUGAAAUUUACAGAAAUGUGUAACCUGCUGAAAACAAAGUUGUUACAAUAACAUAUGUCACUGAUUCAGUCCAUAAGUUUUGUUACUAUGAAAGUUAUGUGAUCAUCUAUCACUUAUCAAUCCAAAAAUGUUUCGAUUUUUCCUCUGACUGUCAGUAGAUUGUGAUAUUGUACGUUGUACGUAGCCAUUGCCUUUAAAAAAAUAUUUACCUAAUUGGAUGCCAUUGUGAAUGUGAAGUUGUGAACACUCUUUUAGAAGGCGGAGUCAACCUAAAAAACCCACAUUGACUUCCAUUGUGUGUCAACUCAAAAAGUCAUAGCUUCACUGACUGGUCUAAAGAUGGGCAAAAGUGACCUCGAAAGGUUACUUUUAUCACUCACUAAUAAAAUAUGAUCUUUUACU